AUGUGUGCUGACACGCUGUCUGCGGUUGUUCCAGAAGCUGGAGAAGGUGAUCAGGGAGAAGAUGAGAAUGUCGAAUUUCUCGAAGUUGAUCCGAAUGUUAAAGAACUCGAUUUAACACGACAUCGAAUUAAAAAAAUUGAAGGAUUUGAUUUUUUACAUAAUAUCGAAUAUUUAUGUUUACGUUGGAAUUUAAUUAAAAAAAUCGAGAAUUUACAUAUGCUUGUUACAAUUACCGAACUCGAUCUUUAUGACAAUCAGAUUACUAAAAUCGAGAAUCUGGAUGAAUUGAUCAAUUUAGAAUCAUUGGACUUAUCUUUCAAUCGGAUUACAGUGUUAGAAAAUCUGUCAUCAUUGAAGAAACUUAAAAAUGCUUACUUUGUUCAUAAUAAAAUUCAAAAAAUUCAAGGACUUGAAGAGCUCACCGAAUUGGAAUACUUAGAGCUUGGCGAUAAUCGUAUCAAAAAAAUAGAAAACCUUUCAAAAAAUAUCAAAAUUAAAAGAUUAUUUCUUGGCGCUAAUCAAAUUGUUGACAUUGAAAAUUUGGAUAUGUUAAAAUACAUUGAAGUUCUUAGUCUUCCAGCUAAUGCUAUUCAAGAAAUUAAGGGUCUGAAUAAUUUAAUAACACUUCGAGAAUUAUAUCUAUCACAAAAUGGUAUCGAAUAUAUCAAUGGUCUAGAAAAUAAUAUAAAUUUGGAAAUUCUUGAUUUGAAUUGCAAUCGUCUUCGUUCUAUUUCUAAUAUUCAUCAUCUUCAAAAACUUACCGAUUUCUGGGCUAAAAAAAAUCAGUUGGAAAAAAUUACGGAAGUGGAAGAAUUGGUGAAACUGCCAAAUUUAAAAUUAGUUUAUUUGGAGAUGAAUCCAUUCUCGGAUUGUGGUACCUAUCGAGGCAAAGUGAUUCAUAUGCUGCCACAAAUUGAGAAACUCGAUGCCACCUAUUGUCGUGUCGGAUAUUUUUAUCAAUUUGUUUAUUUCUAUCACCUUAUCAUUUUCUACUAUUAA